AUGGCCGUGACUCUAGAGCAGGCCCAGCGGGUGGGCUAUACCUGCCUGAAAGCACUCCUCAGGUUCGCUUUUAUGGUCGCCAAUAACCUGGUUGCUAUUCCGUCCUACGUCUUGUAUUUAAUUGUGCUGCAGCCUCUCCGAGUGUUGGAUAGUAAAAGCUUCUGGUAUAUCGAAGGAGUAUUAUUUAAGUGGCUUUUAGCUAUGGUGGCUUCCUGGGGCUGGUGGGCAGGAUAUACAGUAGUGGAAUGGGGUGAUGAUGUUAAAGCAGUAUCUGAAGAUGAAGCCAUGGUGCUGGUGAACCAUCAAGCAACAGGUGACGUCUGCACUCUGAUGAUGUGCCUUCAGGAUAAAGGCACGGUUGUCCGUCAGAUGAUGUGGCUGAUGGAUCAUAUUUUUAAGUAUACAAAUUUUGGCAUUGUGUCUCUAAUCCACGGAGACUUCUUUAUAAGACAG